AAUAUUAAAAGAUCCCAUGAGAGCACUAGUGUUGAAGAGUCCAAGAAACUGCAUGCAUCAAGAGGUGAUGAGAAUGAGAGAGAUGCUGAUAGAAUUGCAUUAAAUGAAGCUGGUAGCUCGAGAAAAAAGAAAAAGUGCCAGGAUGAAAAGGCAACAGGCAAUGGUAAGGCUGGUCACAAUGAGCAGUUACUGCAUGUACUGAUAUAACAAACCAGGUCAUUUAUUUACAAGAAGUGAAAUUAGUUGGAAUUGUUCUUUAAAGGCUAAAAUUAAUAAUGUAUUUUGAAUAUAAUAAUUAAGGGCUGACAAGGGUAUGGUUAGUCACACUGGACAGUUGCCAGAUUACAGCAAAUUAAGUGAAAGCAAGGAAUACUACAGAUAAGAUCUGACACAAAAUCUAUGUAACAUUAUGGGGACAUGGUCACUUGGUAUCAUCAAGUAAAACAGUUAUUCCUAAUCCCAAUCCUUGGUGUACUUACACAGACUCUGGGUAACAUUGUGGGGACAUGGUCAGCUCAUUAGAUUAUGACAGUUUCUGUUCUAAUUCUUAGACUUUCUUAUUCUGGUAUUACAUUAUAUCAACAAUAUGAAAACAAUCUUGGCAGGUUGCAAAUGCAUUUUUGAAAAACCAAAUGAAUACUGAGGAAAGGAAAAUACAUGGUACUGUAAAUUUGUUGUACCAUUUUAAACCAGCUUUCUCAAAACUGUUGGAUUAUCUUCAACAAAGCCAUAACUAAACAUAUGGUGAGGAGUAAGAAGGCAAAUAUUUAACAAUUACAAUGAAAAGUCAUUAGUCACUUACCAGUAUGUGAACUUUAAACUCUGUUAUUUAGAUAAUGUAAAAGGACCCCAUGAGAGCACUAGUUUUGAUGAGUCCAAGAAACUGUAUGUAGAAACGAUUACUAAUCUUAGCGCAUCAGGCUUAUUAUAAUCUUUUGCCACGUCCUAUGAGCCGUCACUUUGAAAAGUAUGUAAGUAGCUACGACUUCAGGAGGAAAAUGACAUUUAAGUUACCUAGACCUAAGACCGAUAUGGUCAAGAAAUCAUGCUCAUACAAGUCAAUUACUCGGUGGAACGCUCUGGAAAAUCAAAUGAGAUCAAUUCAAGACGUUGACGCUUUUAAAAAGUCACUCAAGUGUAUUUUUAAGCCACGUAUGUUAUAAUGAUGUACUAUGUAGAAUUUUUAUUGUUGAAAAUAUGUAGAAAUCUUACAUUAGUCUUCUUAUAAUUAGUUAGGAAUUUAGUUUUAUUGGAUUUAGUUAGGAAUUUAGUUUUAUUGUCCGUACACGACCACAUCAGCUUUUGCUGAAUUUUUUUAUCGUGUUUAAAUAAAUGCUGUUGUUGCUGUUGUUGUUGUUGUUAUGGAUCAAGAGGUGACGAGGAUGAGAGAGAUGCUGAUAGAAGUGCAUUAAAUGAAGCCAGUGACUCCAGAAAAUUGAAAAAAUGCCAGGAUGAAAAGGCAACAGACGAUGGUAAGGCUGGUCACAAUGGGCAGUUAGUGGAUGUGCCAAUAUAACAAACCAGGUCAUUUAUUCAUAUGAAGUGAAAUAAGUUGGAAUUGCUCUUUUUCGGCUAAAAUUAAUAAUUUAUUGUGAAUAUAAUAAUUAAGGGCCUGCAAGGGUGCGGCUUAUCAAACUGGACAGUUACCACAUUGCAGAAAAUGAGGUGAAAGCAAGGAAUACUACGAAUAGGAUCUUACACAAAAUCUAUGUAACAUUAUGGGGACAUGGUCACUUGGUCUCAUCAAGUAAAACAGUUAUUCCUAAUCCCAAUCCCUGGUGUACAGACUCUAGGUAACAUUGUGCGGACAUGGUCAGCUCAUUGGAUUAUGACAGUUUCUGUUCUAUUCCUCAGCCUUUGUUAUUCUGGUAUUACAUUAUAUCAACAAUAUGAAAUCAAUCUUGUGGGGACAUGGUCAGCUCCUUGGAGUUUGACAGUUUGUGUGCUUUUCCUUAGGCUUUGUUCUUCUGGUAUUACAUUCUAUCAACAAUGUGAAAAGAAUCUUGGCAGGUAAUGCAAAUGCAUUUUUGAAAAACCAAAUCAAUAUCAUGGAAAGGAAAAUACAUAGUACUGUUAAUGUAUUGUACUCCUGUAAUCCAGCUUACUCAAAACUGGCAAGUGUCCGGUUACCUAAAACAAUUCCUUAACUAAACAUGUACUGAAGAGUAAGAAAACGAAUAUGUAUGAAUAAGAAUGAAAAGUAAUUAUUCACUCACUAGUAUAUGAACUUAAAAACUCUAUUAUAUAGAUAAUGUAAAGAGACCCCAUGAGAGCACUAGUGUUGAAGAGUCCAAGAAACUGCAUGCAUCAAGAGGUGAUGAGGAUGAGAGAAAUGCUGAUAGAAGUGCAUUAAAAGAAGCUGGUGACUCCAGGAGGAACAAAAGGUGCCAGGAUGAAAAGGCAACAGGCAAU